GAGCGCACCGCGAGCUCCCAGCAAAGCACUCCUAUCUCCACUGAGAGAAGAAGUUCAGGCUGAACUCGGAUUAUCAACACAUUAUCACUCAACAUUCUUCUCCGUUAUAAAUCGGAUUAAAUACGAGGAAUCAUGCCCGUGUCCAGAAUGCGCAUGCGACCCUGGCUGGAGGAUAAGAUUGACUCCAACACCAUCGCUGGACUCGUUUGGGUGGACAAGGAUCAGAAAAUGUUCUCCAUUCCUUGGAAGCACGCUGCCCGUCACGGCUGGGAAGUGGACAAAGACGCUUGUUUGUUCAAACAGUGGGCCAUUCACACAGGCAAGUUUAAGGAGGGGGUGACCGAACCCGAUCCCAAAACCUGGAAAGCCAAUUUCCGUUGUGCCAUGAACUCCCUGCCAGACAUCGAGGAGGUGAAAGACAAAAGCAUCAACAAAGGUUGCGAGGCUGUCCGGGUUUACCGCAUGCUGCACGUUAUGAAGAACAAAGGCAAGCGGUUGUCAGGAACCCUGGAUGGCAGGAGGAGGAGAAAGGCACCGAAAGUGAAGCAGGAGACAAUGAACAUAGAUGAAUCAUCGACAGGAGAGACAACUUACAGCAAGCAGGAGGACACCAUCACUCAGGAGAACACCAUCGACAGCACUGAGAAUCUAAGCACCGCUCCCUCCAGUUUUGAGGUGCCGGACUGCUCCGGCUAUGAAGUGGAAAUUGGCCCUGACAGCACAAACGACUACACCAGCAGGUUUCAAGUUUCACCAGUUCACUCAACAGACUACGAGGAAAACCAAGCUAUUGUUGAGAUUACACGGCAAUUGGAACUUGAUAGCACGCAGUGGCUACAAAGCAAUAGCAGUGGAAAGGGGUUCCUGUGCAAUGAAGUAGGCAUGGCAGAAUCUUUCCACAGUCCAGAGAGCCAGUGGAGUGAUAAUUCAGGUGAGGAGAUAGAGCUGCGAUUUUACACAGAACUGAGCUCAGGCUUUCCCAGUGAUGACAUGCUAAGCUACACAGAACUGUGGAACAGCAACCAGCACACCAACAGCUUCCCACAGAUCAGUUGUCCUCUCUGAGAGACACUGACAGAAACUCUGUGUGAACUUUCUGCAUCUGACCUCACAUUCUCCACCUGGAGACAUUUUUCUAUCCUCAACCAUGAACUUAAAUCACCCAAAGCCUUUCUCAAAAGAGCCCGUAUCCUAAAACCUGCAGGACGGCAACAGACCCAUCAUCUCGCACGUCUGAUGUUUUCCUUGAAAGAGACUCUUACUUCAGUUACGCUAGGAUGGACUUCACUGAGGUUACUCACAGUUGUACUGUAGCUCAUUGUCACAAAACAACCCAACACUUUUUAGUAGCUGUAAAGAUGUAAACAGAAUCCCACAUACAAAAUGUAAAAAUCAGUGCUAGUUUUCAGUGCUUUUGCUGUGUUGUUGUAGUAGCUACUAUUCCUUACUUGGCUUUCAAGAUUUGUAGCUUGUACAUACAUAUCCAAAUUUAAUCUCAUUUAAUGUGACAUUUGACAGGUUCCGUUAUUUACACAUUCAGGGUUAAGAGCAUAUUUGUUUUUAUGCAAACUUUACAAGAUAAUAGACUACAAUAAGCUCUUGUGUUUUGGGUGAAAGGUCUUUAAACCAUAUGUGUAUAUAGUGUAUAUAUUUUUUAAUAAAAACAUGAAAAAUAAA